GUGGAACCAAGAUCGUAUGCACUCCUCCUCAACCUCCACCGUAACCGUACCGUAGCUUAACCCCGCAGUCCCUCUCCUCGCUCUUUAACGAAUUGCUAGGAACUAUCUCCCCCGAUAUCCACACCCAUUUAUACCGAGGGUCUUAGCCCGGCAGCUUAAGAGAGAAUCUCAUGCCCCCUUUGGCAAUCUACUCGUGCAUAUCUUAAUUAAUUAUCUCUAUUAAUACCAACACCAAGUAAAGUAAUCCCGUCCAAACAUAACCAUGCCGCCGAUCCCCAAGAAUAUCAUCGUCACCGGCGCCGGCGGUUUCAUCGGCCCUCUGCUCGCGGCCCGUCUGCUCAACGACCCGGGGUACCGCGUGUUCCUGACAGACCUAGUCGAGCCGGUUAUUCCCCCGGGGGUCAAAUACCCGCAGAACGCGACGGCGCUCCAAGGCGACAUCUGCGACCCGGCGUUCGUGGCGUCCCUGCUGGAUGCCGCCGCCCCGCUCUCCGCCAUAUUCGUCUUCCACGGCAUCAUGUCGGCCGGGUCGGAAGCUGACUGGGACCUCUCGGUGCGCGUUAAUGUAAACAGCGUAAGGGACUUGUUACUAGCGCUGCGGACGAAGUACCCCGGGGUUCGCGUGAUUUACUCCAGCUCCCAGGCCGUGUACGGGCAGCCGCUGCCGGACGGGCCUAUCUCGGAUAGUGUCACGCCGACGCCUGAGGGCACGUAUGGCGCGCACAAGUUGAUGACGGAAGUGUUCAUCAACGACAUGCAUCGGCGGGGCUUUAUCGACGCCUUCAGCCUACGGUUUCCGACGGUCUCGGUGCGGCCGGGCCGGCCUACUAACGCCGCAUCGUCGUUCCUAUCGGGCAUGAUCCGGGAGCCGAUGAAGGGCGAGGAGAGCGUCAUUCCGCUGAAAGACCGAUCGUUCAAAUCGUUUCUCACUUCCCCGGGAAUCCUGCAGGAAAAUCUUAUUAGAGUGUUGAACAUGGACAGCUCGAAGCUACCGAAGCACAUCCGCCAUAUUAAUAUCCCCGGCAUCUCGGUCUCGAUACAGGAACUGAUGGAUGCGCUUGCCAAGUACGGAGGGGAGGAUAAGUUGAAGUAUCUCAGAGAGGAGACUAAUCCGGACCUCGAAAGGAUAUUGCGAAGCUGGGCACCGGAGCUUGACACAACUACGCCGCUGAAGCUUGGGUUGGCUAGGGACGAGAGCGCAGAAACACUUGUCAAGCAGUAUAUCGAUUCUCUAAAGUCGUAAUACUCGUCUGUAAUUUCAGAUACCACGAAUUUUGAUCGAUAUGUUAUUCUUAUUGGGUUUAAAAUGAUGUUAAAUCGAAACGUUUUACGCUAGGAUUAAACAUCUCCAAUGUAUCCGCCCCCUGAAGCUCCGAGAGUAGCAUAAUAUAGAUCCUCCUCCGCAAGAAUGACCAUUCGCCCAUCACCGGCAAAGUUGAAGUUCGCGGACGUCUUGCCGAGGAAGAUCUUUCCGAUGAGCUUUCCUGAUGGGUUCCACACCUGCACGCCAUCGCCGCAACCAGAGUAGACAUUGCCAUUACUAUCGCAGUGAAUGCCUACACGAUUGAGUGUGCUUUAUUAGUCUUGGGAUAUCUUAGGGGGAUAAGGUUUUCAUAACGUACCGUCUGGAACGCCGGUGUCGACGUAUGCAAACAGCUUACGAUUGUCCCAAGUCCCAUCUUCCUGGACAUCAAAACGAUAACUGCGGACGUAUUAGCUGCUAUUCAACUCGUUUUUAUCAGUCAUGAUUGCGUACAUGCUGGCAGGUUCGCUAAAAUUCCAACCCAAUACAACCUUAUUGGCCC